GAAGAAAAAGGGAAAUUUAGAGGAAGAAGACGGUGAUUAACAGGAAACAGAAUGAUGAAGAAUGGUAUAAAAGAGAAAGGAAGAAAAAGGAGGAUGAAGGGUUGGGGUGGGUGUUACGCAAACAGGAGAGGGAGCAUCAUUGUGAGACGCACUGGUCCUUACACGCCGCUCCUCAUUGCCUCACUCAUGUAAUUUUCCUGUUGCUGAAGGUUUCAUCUUCUGAGAAGAGAGAGAACUGAAGCAGUGAAGUUCUGAGUUAGUUAUUCCAGUUGGGGAAUUCAGAUUGAAGAAGGGCAGAGAGAAAGGGAGGGAGAGUGAUGGGAGGGGUAACAUCGUCUAUGGCGGCCAAGUUCGCCUUCUUCCCGCCGAAUCCACCGUCCUAUAAGGUGGUGACUGACGAAGUCACUGGACUUCUGCUUCUGAGCCCCUUUCCUCACCGCGAGAACGUUGAAAUUCUCAAGUUGCCCACGCGCCGUGGCACCGAGAUAGUGGCAUUGUACAUCAGGCAUCCCAUGGCCACCUCUACUCUCCUCUACUCUCACGGUAAUGCUGCCGAUCUAGGCCAGAUGUACGACCUCUUCAUUCAGCUCAGCAUCCACUUGCGCGUCAAUCUCAUGGGCUACGAUUAUUCCGGCUACGGCCAGUCAUCGGGGAAGCCGAGUGAGCAGAAUACAUAUGCAGAUAUUGAGGCUGCUUAUAAGUGUCUAGAAGAAAGCUAUGGCACAAAGCCUGAGGAUGUAAUUCUUUACGGUCAAUCUGUUGGCAGUGGCCCUUCUUUGGAUCUUGCAGUUAGAUUGCCUCAAUUGAGAGCUGUUGUUCUGCAUAGUCCCAUACUCUCUGGCUUAAGGGUCAUGUAUCCAGUAAAGCGUACUUACUGGUUUGACAUAUACAAGAAUAUCGACAAAAUUCCUCAUGUUAAUUGCCCAGUUCUCAUAAUUCAUGGAACUUCAGAUGAAGUUGUAGAUUGCUCCCAUGGGAAGCAACUAUGGGAACUGUGUAAAGAGAAGUAUGAACCACUGUGGCUCAAAGGAGGUAAGCACUGUAACUUGGAGCUCUAUCCUGAGUAUAUCAGGCAUCUAAAGAAGUUUAUAACUUCUGUUGAGAAGUAUCAAUCCCAGCGAUUCAGUUUUAGGAUGAGUACAGAUCAAUUUGAACAGCCUCGAAAGAGUACUGACCGGAGAGAGAAACCAAGGAAGAGCACAGAUAGGCCGGAAAAAUUGAAAAAUUUGACUAACAAUGCUGAUAAGCUUGAGAAAUUACGGAUUUCCUUUGAUCAUGUGGAAAGGUCUCGGAGAAGUGUAGAUUGCCAUGAAAAGUCUCGAAAAAGCAUUGACCUUCAAUUGGAAAAGGCGCGCAAGAGUGUUGACCGGUUGGAUAGAAUUAGGACUGGAUAAUUCAUAUUAUAACCAUAUUAGAUUCUUGUAUUGGUUGGCUUUCUGGAUUUUUUUUCCCUUCUUUUCAUAAUAUCAUAAAUCUACUGGUUGUGUAGUAUGGUUAUGGACUAUAGUAAUAACAAUUUGCAUUAAAAGUAGGCUUGGCUUUACAUUGGGAUUCACUUUCCAUUUAUAUUAUCAUGCCUCAUCGGAUACUGUGUACCGCAUGAGCCCUUAGAUGGUUUGGCCUUU